AUGUCUGUCUCCCAAGUCAGAAGUCCUUAUGAUGUCCGUAUUCUAUGCAGGAAUAAGGCCUUUAAUGCGCCAAGUACUGCGGGUCUCUGCCCUGGAUAUUCGCAGGCGAACGUUAUAAUCUUGCCCAAUAAAUUCGCUGCCGACUUCCGAUGCCCUCUCCUUGGUGAGACGAAGCCGGGUGACCCUCAAGUCCCCGAAGCGCUUGCGGCAGAUAGCGAUGUUCGGACCGAUUGCCCUUCCUACAACGUCUAUCGCGAUGGCGUAUUUUCCGAGCAAAAGGAAAGCAUUGAGCAAGAGUGGCGCAACGAUAGUGUUACCUUCUUUAUCGGCUGUUCUUAUUCCUUUGAGGCGGCUCUCGCCAAGAACGGUCUUGCUCCCAGGCAUUUGGAGCUAGGUCGUGCUGUACCUAUGUACAGGACGAGCUACCGGCUCUGUCCCGCAGGAGUUUUUAGUGGACACAUGGUGGUAUCCAUGAGGCCGUAUCGGUUAGCUGAUCUCGAGCGUGUCCGUGAUAUUACCCGUCCUUUCGUCAAAACCCACGGCGAACCUGUCGCCUGGGGACCGGAAGGCGCCAAAUCCCUAGGGAUUACUGACCUCGAUGGAACGAACCCCGACUUUGGCGAUCCCACUGUGAUUAAGGAUGGCGAAAUAGCUGUUUACUUUGGAUGCGGAGUGACUCCGCAGUUGUCCGUUAUGGACAGUGGCAUCGCCGGGGAAGUAGUUGGUCACACGCCUGGACGCAUGCUGAUGCUGGAUAUAAAAGAUGAGGACGUUUGUGUCUCGGUUUAAAUAGUCCUAUGUAUUUCUUCUUUCUGCUUCGAGCCUUUAAAGAUCUGUACACGAUUCUUGAGUCCACUACAUACGUACCUUCGCAUUUGAACCUGAAUAAUCAUCGAGCGCAA